GAUGGUUGCUAAAGUGUUUAGAGAGUUAUGAGAAGAUGGGUGAUUCAGUGGAUCGGAUUUUGAGAAUUGGAGGUUUCUGCUGAAUUUGGGAAAGAAGAAGAUGAGGGAUUUUCCAGGGAGUCCUGGGACUAUGACGGGGCUAAUUCUGAGGAUUUUGCAGUUCGUUUUUGCUGCUGUCUCUAUUGCUUCUAUGGCUUCGACUGCUUACUUCUUCAAAUUCACAGCUUUUUGCUACCUGAUAGCUUCAUUGGGGUUGCAAAUCACCUGGAGUUUUGUGCUAGCAUUAAUCGAUGCCUAUGCACUGGUAAAAAACAGAGCCCUCAAGAACUCUCUGCUCAUUAGCCUCUUCGUCGUCGGUGAUUGGAUUACAGCAACAUUGACACUCGCAGCAGCCUCUUCUUCUAGUGGGGUAGCAAUACUGUAUUUCAACGACUUGAACAUUUGUGGUUUUAUUGGGGAAUGCCAAAAAUACCAACUCUCUGUCGCCUUUGCAUUCCUCAGCUGGAUAACUGUUGCCACUUCUUCUCUUAUCAUGGUCUGGCUAUUGGCUUCCGGUUAAACCGUUUGUUGUACAC